AUGGCAUAUUUUAUUUAUCUGACUGUGUAUCUUCACGUGCUCCCAUUUUGGUUCCGGUGUCCUCUCUUCCAAGAAUAUCUGAUGACUAGUGGGUCAGUCUCAGUUUCUAAGAAAAGUGUGUCCUAUGUGCUGAGCAAGGAGGGAGGUGGAAACAUUUCAGUCAUUGUUCUUGGGGGUGCAGAAGAAUCACUGGAUGCCCAUCCUGGAAAAUUCACUCUGUUCAUCCACCAGCGGAAAGGAUUUGUUAAAGUGGCUUUGACCCAUGGUCCCUCCUUGGUCCCGGUGUUUUCUUUUGGAGAAAACGAACUAUUUAAGCAAGUUAACAACCCUGAAGGCUCAUGGCUUCGAACUGUGCAGGAGAAGCUACAGAAGAUCAUGGGGUUUGCUUUGCCUCUGUUCCAUGCCAGAGGGAUUUUUCAAUACAAUUUUGGCCUGAUGCCCUAUAGGAAACCUAUCCACACUGUGGUUGGCCGCCCAAUCCCUGUUCAUCGGACUCCGCACCCAAGCCCGGAACAGAUUGAGGAAUUGCAUCAGACUUAUAUGGAGGAGCUAAGGAAAUUAUUUGAAGCACACAAAAGGAAGUACGGUAUUCCUGAGCAUGAAACUCUCAUUUUUAAAUAACCG